AUGGACCAGCAGACGUUUUUCAUCUCUCUGGUGAGUGGAGGAGCUGCCGGCACAGCGACCGAUCUGGCCUUCUUCCCGAUAGACACAAUGAAGACCAGAUUGCAGGCAAAAGGAGGUUUUUUCCGCAAUGGAGGAUGGAGCGGUAUAUAUAGAGGACUUGGCUCAGCUGUUAUUGCAUCAGCACCUUCGGCAUCGUUGUUCUUCGUGACCUAUGAUACGUCCAAAAAGUACCUUCGCCAGACGUUAGGCAGGCACAUCAAGAGCGAGAACACGGUGCUGAACUUGAGUCACAUGCUAGGAGCUUCAAUGGGAGAAAUCGCGGCUUGUAUGGUGAGGGUUCCUGCUGAAGUGAUCAAACAGAGGACACAGACUUCGCGAUUCAACAGCUCAUUGGACUCUCUCAGGUUCAUCCUCAGGAACGAGACUGGAGAAGGUGUUCUGAGAGGGCUUUAUCGUGGCUGGUCAACCACGAUCAUUCGCGAGAUCCCCUUUACGAUGAUUCAGUUCCCUUUGUACGAAUACUUGAAAGCUAAGGUUGCCAAGCUGGAGAAUAAAGAAAAGGCUUCUCCUUUGCAGGGUGCUCUGUGUGGAUCUGUGGCCGGUGGCUUUGCGGCUGCCUCGACUACACCUCUGGAUGUGAUUAAGACGCGAAUCAUGCUCAGUGAAUCUAAGGUGAGAGUCUCGCAGUUGGUCAAGACCAUGGUGGCAGAAGAGGGCACCAAGGUGUUCUGGUCUGGUGUUGGUCCAAGGACAAUGUGGAUCAGUGCUGGAGGGGCUAUCUUUUUAGGUGUUUACGAGACUGUGAGCAGUUUCAUGCUUUCGGCUAAGCCCAAAAAGUUUGAAUGA